GGAGCAGGGAGAGGCUCCUGCUAUCCCACAAGAUGCUUCCAAGCUGCCGCAGGAGGUGCUGGAGGCUCUGGGCAUCGGGGUGGGAGGCAAGCGGAAGAAUGCAGACAAGGAGAGCGAAGACGCGGUGAGGCCAAGAGAAGAAGAUAAGGAAAUAGGCGCAGGAACAGGAGCAGGAGCAGGAGCAGGAGCAGGAGCAGGAGCAGGAGCAGGAACCCUGUCAGCGCGCAAGAAGUUUCGAUUUCACGCGGGUGACGUGGACGAUGAUGAGCUCACGUUCUACAACCUCCUGCGGGACUUUAUCUCCCUCCCUUCCAUCAGCUCCAGUCGAUACUUGCAGGAGGACUGCUGGCACGCCGCAAGGUUCGCCGCCACCACGCUGGAGUUUCUCGGAGCACAGGUCAAGCUCGUUGCUCCCUCUGGCAAACAUCCGCGUCUGCCAUGCGUGCUCGCCAAGUUUGCAUGCAACGUGAAGGCAGCGAGGCAAGAGGAGCAGAAGAUGAAGGAGGAGGAGGAGGAGGCAGGGGGCGGGAAGGAGAGCAUCUUGAUCUAUGGACACUACGAUGUCGCCUUUGCGGAGCCAUCAAACUGGGACUCGGACCCCUUCACUCUGUGCGGGAGGGACGGGUACCUUUACGGACGAGGAGUAUCGGACAACAAGGGCCCACUGCUGGCGUCGUUCUUUGCAGUGAAGAAUCUGAUGGAGAGGGGGGAGCUCAAGGUGGACGUGACGUUUGUGAUCGAGGGGGAGGAAGAGAGCGGCCUGAGCCUCUCCGAGCGAGGCCUUGAGGAGAUCAUCGUCGACCACAUGCACUGGUUCGGCAACUGCCGGGCCAUCAUCAUCAGCAACAACUACUGGAUCGACGACCAGCGCCCUUGCCUGACCUACGGAAUGCGGGGUGUCAUUGACUUCGAGCUCUGGGUCACCGGACCAAGCAAGGAUCUGCACUCGGGAGUGGACGGAGGAGCCGUCAACGAGCCAAUGCACGACCUGACCGCCCUCAUUGCCUCUCUCACGGACCAACAAGGACGACUGGCGGUCAAGGAGCUGCUCGUUGGGUUACAGCCGGUGUCGGAGGAGGAAGAGGCGAGGUACACCGCCCUGCAGCUCGACAUCGACAGCUACUGCAAGAGCAUCGGAGUCGCCAAGCUCCGCACGGAGGACAGGAAAGAAAUCCUCAAGUCAAGGUGGUCAGAGCCAUGGAUUAGCGUCAGCAGCAUCGAGACCACCAACCGCUCUCAAGUCUUCCGCAAGAUUCCCAAGGCUGUGGUCGGGCGCCUGAGCUUGCACUUCGUUCCCAAGCAGGAGAUCGGGCAGCUGCAGGAGGCACUAAGGAAACAUCUCCACGACUUCUUUCGUCAGCGGAACUCCACCAACUCGCUGUCCGUCGUCUUCCUUCAGGCGUCUGGCUGGUGGCUGGGCAACACGGACCACAACAUCUUCCGGCAAGCAGCCAAGGCAGUGAGCGAGGUGUGGGGGAUAGAACCCAUCCUGGUGCGAGAAGGAGGAAGCUACGGGGGUGUGACGACCUUCCUGGAGCAGACGCUCAAGGCCCCAGCAAUUCACUUGCCCAUGGGACAAGCGUCGGACAACGCACACCUGCCCAAUGAGAGGAUUCGAAUCCUCAACCUGAGGAAGGGACAAAUGAUCAUGGAGAAACUGUUGUCGCAAUUCUGA